AUGAAGGCGGGAAGUGGUUCAAUUUCAAUUGUUCCAAGGUGGCUUGAAGUACUUCUAGCUUUGAAAUUCUUCAAUGCAUGUUCAAUUCAUGAAUUAGAGAGGAGGAAUGAAGAGAAUGUAUUUUGUUUGGAUUGUUGUGUUGGGUUAUGCAUCCAUUGCAUGCCUUCUCACAGAGGUCAUAAAAUUUUGCAGAUUAGAAGGUAUGUUUAUCAAGAUGUUUUAUGCUUGAAAGACGCUAACAAACUCUUAGAUUGCUCUUUUGUUCAAUCUUACACAACUAAUAGUGCUAAAGUGGUGUUCUUGCACCAAAGGCCCCUUUCAAGCCAAUUCAAGGGCUCAAACUACAAUUGCAUUCUAUGUCAUAGAAGCCUUCAACGUCCAAACAUUUUUUGCUCCAUCUCAUGCAAGGUGCAACACAUGGUAAGUUGUUCUAAUGUUAACUUGAUUAUAAAGUAUCAAAAGGUGACGAGCAAGUGUGAAAGUUCAAUGGACUUUAUGGAUGACCAAAGGACACCUAAUUGUCAAUCUAUGGUCACUGAGUCCGUGAAAACUCAACAUACAUCUCUAAAUGUAUCGACUUGUCUAUCAAAAUCCGAUGGAUCAUGCACGCACCGUCGGAAGGGCACGCCUCAAAGAUUGUGUGAGAUCGAGGGCAUAAAAGUAACAAAUUGGCAGAAAAAUGAGAAAAAUGAUGAGAAUGCGGCUAAGAAGUGA